GCGAACUAGCCAACCACAUGCAGGACUUAUCAUGGUGCUGCAUGUGUAUCAUGUAUGUUUAUAUAGGGAACCGGUGAAUUAGCGUAGAUGUCGGGGACCGGGGAGGAGUGGCAGGUGGCCCGGUGGCGAAAAGGCGCAGGGCGGAAAUCGAAAAUACUUCAUGUGUCCUCUAAUUCAGCAUGCUUCCAGGAGCAGCUGGACGUCGGGAAAACUGUCAAACGAAUCAGAGACACUGUGUCUGAGCUAAGAUGCGAGGAGUUUAUGCAAGAGUGGAAAGAACAGCUGCUGGUGGCAGGUUCAGCAGACGUCUCAAAACCUCCAGGGAACAGAGACACAGAGGGUCCCAUCGACCAGCUUAGGACGAGCAGAGAUGGCAGACUGUGCCCACAGCUGGAGUGUGUGUGUUAUGGCCUUGGCUCCUUUUCCUCCUGUGUCUCAGCUCGCUACCAGCUUGCUAUGCUGCUGCUGCUGCUGGAUGCACAACAGAUCCCCCUGAAGGACUGCUCUGUUUAUGACCCUGCAUUCUGCUCUGGAGAGAGGGAUGUUUUGACACAACUGGGUCUGACUGUACUCACAGAAAAUGAGGAGGGGAAGCGUCUGGCGACUAAGCCCACACUCUUUUACCUGAUGCAUUGUGGGAAAGCUCUGUACAACAACCUCCUGUGGAAGAAUUGGAGUACGCGGUGUCUUCCUCUGGUGAUAAUCAUUGGAAACAGCUUCAGUGGCAUGAGGGACAGGACGAUCGAAAGAGAGUUCAAGCGGGACUACAGCUACAUUACUCAGGCUGUGUCUGUGUGUGAGGAGAGACAGCUGCCUUGUCCGUCCCGCCUGAUUGACGUCUUCAGUGACACAGCAGUCAUCACCUUUCCUACCAGCAGCCUCAACAGACUCCCACAAUCCACCUGGGCAGAGCCACCUGAACCACAGUACCAGCACUGCCCUGAUUUGGAGAUUAUUCAGAGGGAAGUGCAGAGGUGAGACAGACUGAGCCACCAUCAUGAUAGUUUGUCUCAAGGAGAGGAAGAGGACUACUGAGUGUCUUGGACCAGUUCUGAACACCCCCUGAGAACUUGUUUUUGGUGACCUCCAGGGGUUGAAAAUGAAAAUGAAAAUCGACCUGCAGAGGCUUGACGUUCACUUGAGUUUAGAUGAUGCAUCGCAGGAAACCCAUUGCAUUGAACACCCUGCUAUGUGUUUUGUUAAAGUUAUGUGCAUUUAAGUGCGGAGGGGAAUCUUUAUAAUACGAAAAGAUGACAAAGUAGCUUCAUGGUUUUCACAACAUCCAUGUCUAUUGGUGUGAUUUUCUCUAUUCAGACAACAAAAUAAGUGAAUGCUACAUUGUUAAGCAGGUGGGACAUGCAUAGCUCUUUCAUAAUCAGAACUUACCUCUUUGAAAUUAAGUUCCAGAGCAUUGCCCUGAAGUAAAAAUCUAACUUUCAUGUAAAAUGAAAAAAACAUUUUUAUAUAUAGUUUUCGAUAUAUUGAACAAGUUUUGUGGCUGUGCAGGUUAAUUUCUAAUGAUGUCUUACAAUGGACCAUGUCAGUGGCUGCAAAAUGAAUAAACACUGCUACUAAAUUUACUCACUGCGGUAUGUUUUGUAUGGUGAUAAGUAAUAAUGUGGAAAAAAACAGGUGUAAUCGUUUACG